GCGCUCAUAGCGUUCAAAAGGUGCAUUCACACAAGUACGUCUCAGAGGUUAGAAACACAAAUUUGCAGUGCACAAAAUCAGACCAACCAAAUUUGAAUAUCAUGCGACAAAUGUAGAACAAAAAGUGUUUGCACAAUACAACAAACAUAGCACAAAUGCAACAGCAGUACGUGUAACAUCGUAUGUCAUGGCGGUAAACGAAGCUCAAUCUAAAUCUAAGUGAUUGCGUGUGGCACCAUGGUUAUCAAUCACAUGACCAUGGCUCAAUUUCGAACGCUGCAGGUCAUUCCAUACUGCUACAUCAACAUAAUAACUUGCGUUCUUGGUGGAAUAUGGUAUUUGAUGUGUGACGGUAUUGCGAGAGUUGCCACUUUAAUCGCUCAGGAUUUGGAGGUAUCGCUUCGGCACGUCGGUCCUUCGCAGUUAGUAGCCGAGUACAGGGCAAUGUGGAUGCUAUUGAGUAAAAUAGUGCGAGACGUGGGAAUGGCCUUCACCUUUGAAAUUAUCUUCUUAGCCCUUUACCUAUUUUUCAUUAUCACUCUCACGAUUUACGGCCUAUUUUCACAAAUACAAAGUGGAUUUGGGAUCAAAGAUGUCGGUCUCACCAUAACUGCAUCACUUGCGACCAUGGUUUUGUACUACAUUUGCGAUGAAGCGCAUUAUGCCUCAUACUGCGUAAAGGUACUCUUCCAAAAAAAGCUGCUGUUGGUCGAAUUAUCGUGGAUGAACGAAGACGCACAACAAGAGAUUCAAAUGUUCUUACGUGCAACAGAAAUGAGCGAGACCAGCAUGUCUCUUGGUGGAUUCUUUGAUGUUAAUAGAACACUAUUUAAAUCGCUGUUGGCCACGAUGGUUACCUACUUAGUGGUGCUACUACAAUUCCAGAUUAGCUUGCCCGAAGAUCUCGAUACCGGUCAUAUUCUAUCAACGAUGGCGAGUCUGCUGAGUACUGUGAAAUGAACAAAUUAAGCCAUUAGUUUCGUAUAGACAAUGUACUAACCUUUUUG